AUGAAAAAUCAGUAUGACAAUAGUCACCUCGCUACCAACCUUCAGUAUGACAAUUGUCACCUCGCUAACAACCUACAAUAUGACAAUAGUCACCUCGCUACCAACCUUCAGUAUGACAAUUGUUACCUCGCUACCAACCUACAGUAUGACAAUAGUCACCUCACUACCAACCUACAUUAUGACAAUUUUCAUCUCGCUACCAACCUACAGCUUGACAAAAGUCACCUCGCUACCAACCUUCAGCAUGACAAUAGUUACCUCGCUACCAACCUACAGUAUGACAAUAGUCAACUCGCUACCAACCAUCAGCAUGACAAUAGUCACCUCGCUACCAACCUACAGUAUGACAAUAGUUACCUCGCUACCAACCUACAUUAUGACAAGUGUCACCUCGCUACCAACCUACAGUAUGGCAAUAGUCACCUGGCUACCAACAUUCAGCAUGACAAUAGUUACCUCGCUACCAACCUACAGUAUGACAAUUGCCACCUCGCUACCAACCUACAGUAUGACAAUAGUCACCUCGCUACCAACCUAUAUUACCUCGCUACCAACCUACAGUAUGACAAUAGUCACCUCGCUACCAACCUACAGAAUGACAAUAAUUACCUCACUACCAACCUACAGUAUGACAAUAGUCACCUCGCUACCAACCUACAGUAUGACAAUAAUUACCUCACUACCAACCUACAGUAUGACAAGUGUCACCUCGCUACCAACCUACAGUAUGACAAUAGUCACCUCGCUACCAACCUACAGUAUGACAAUAGUUACCUCGCUACCAACCUACAUUAUGACAAGUGUCACCUCGCUACCAACCUACAGUAUGGCAAUAGUCACCUGGCUACCAACAUUCAGCAUGACAAUAGUUACCUCGCUACCAACCUACAGUAUGACAAUAGUCACCUCGCUACCAACCUACAGUAUGACAAUAGUCACCUCGCUACCAACCUACAGUAUGACAAUAGUCACCUCGCUACCAACCUACAGUAUGACAAUAGUCACCUCGCUACCAACCUACAGUAUGACAAUAGUCACCUCGCUACCAACCUACAGUAUGACAAUAGUCACCUCGCUACCAACCUACAGUAUGACAAUUGUCACCUCGCUACCAACCUAUAUUACCUCGCUACCAACCUACAGUAUAACAAUAAUCCCCUCGCUACCAACGUACAGGAUGACAAUUGUCACCUCGCUAUCAACCUACAGUAUGACAAGUGUCACCUCGCUACCAACCUACAGUAUGACAAGUGUCACCUCGCUACCAACGUACAGUAUGACAAUAGUUACCUCGCUACCACCCUACAGUAUGACAAUAGCUACCUCGCUACCAACCUACAGUAUGACAAUAAUUACAUCGCUACCAACCUACAGAAUGACAAUAGUCACCUCGCUACCGGCGUACAGUAUGACAAUUGUCAUCUCGCUACCAACAUACAGUAUGACAAUUGUCACCUCGCUACCAACCUACAGUAUGGCAAUAGUCACCUGGCUACCAACCUUCAGCAUGACAAUAGUUACCUCGCUACCAACCUACAGUAUGACAAUAGUCACCUCGCUACCAACCUACAGUAUGACAAUUGUCAUCUAGCUAACAACCUACAGUAUAACAUGAGUGUCAUCUCACUUCUAACCCAUUGUAUGGCAAUAAUGGUCAACUUCCUAUCAACCUAG